AAUAUAAAAAGUCACAAGCUCCUGUUACCGAACUGUACAACACAAUUAAUUCUAGGGAUAUAUCAUACAAUUCAGGAUGGACAUAGGAGCAGUUCUUACAAGUCUAAUGAUGAUAGCGUGCACCGUUGGACGAAACAUCAAAAUGGCGGACUUUAUGUUACAGGAAGCCCGUGGUAUCCCAAUACAGCGACCUCGACAAGAACAAACACUCAUGACACCCGAAAUAAAGCAAAAGCAGCAUGUGGUAGAGCAACUAUUGGUGGAGCGACGUAAACAUCCUUUUGAGCAUCCAAAAGACCAGUUACAACUGCCAUUGGAUGAACGGCAAAUGGACAGCCAAAUGCAGGAAAAAGGAUCAAUUGUACAGCCACUUGCUAACGUGAACAAAGUAGGCGAUUUCCAUGUGGUCGUUAAUGAGGAACUCAGGAACCCGAUGAAAACGUACGAUAUCGCAACGGCAGAAAUCAGACAGAUGCUGAAAAAAUACGCACAAGGAGAAGAAGCCACCAUAACUAAAACGAGACACAAUGAUAUCGGAGCUCAAGAGGUAAUUACACUUGAUUUGGAGAACUUCAUAACAAAAAGCCGACCAAGGAGUGUAGAAAUAAGCAACAAAGCCUCCCAAUCCCCUCCCUUUUCAGGUGAAUCUACCAAGGAAUCAAUGAUGAUGUCUGACGUCAGAACUGACGUCGCAUUUUGCAGACAUAGACGCAGACGCAUUACUGGGAUGAAAACCAAGCUACAUUUCGUCAUUUUGCUUGGAUUCAUGUGCACAGUUUUCGGACAGUUACCCUCUGCAAAUGACGUCAUGAUAUCCCAAGAUCCCCUGCAACAAGAGACAACUGCAUUAACUGGUGAAACCGAAUCAAUAUCUGCAGGUGGACUACAGGUGGUGUACAAUGACGAGUUAAGGUCUAUUAUGAGUGAAUACAACAUUACGGUGGAGGAUAUACGCCGUAUGUUAGAGGUGUAUGCCAAGGGAGGUAAUGCAGAAAUCGUCCGGACAAGAAUAAAUCCAGAAAAUGGACUCCAAGAGAUAAUAACCUUAGAUUUUGAACAAUUUACGACUCCCAAAAAUGACGGAAGUUCAUCCUCAACUGUAACUUCGACAGAGAAUCUACUUCCGGGACAGAAACCUGACAGUCAGGCAAAUAGAGAAAACUUGCUGAUAAAAACAUUGGCGGAUCUCAGAGGAGCGGAGGCGUACUUACGGGAGAGGAUCAAAGAUCUGGACGCCCAGCUACCAGCUUUGAAUAUUGCUUAUCGUCAAGGACAUAUCUCAUUAUUAACAAGAAACCAAAACGCUAUAGAAAACAGAAAAGAGCGGCGGAAAACAGAAAGAGAACUUCGAACCGUUCUACAUGAGAUAGAGCGAUUAAUAAGGGAAGAAAUGCGAAAAAAUAACCGCAACACAGAUAACAGGGAACCGGCCUCAGAUCUGGACAGAGAGAUACAAGUUAUGCAGGAGCAAAAUAGAAUUCUAGCUGAGAUACUCAGAAGUAUUCCAGACACGCCUAAACUACCGAUUGAUAAUCAAUCGGGAUCGGGAUCCAGCACUAUUGAUCGUUCCUUAUCCACUUCCGGUGACGUUGCAGGAACUGAUCCUUCGUACGAGGCACUUAGACAAGAGGUUCUUAGAAAGAGAGCCAGGGAGCUGUACUUACUUAGACAACUAAGACUAUUAUCUGGGAGAUUUUCUAGCCUUUCUGGUAGGCGGGGGUUUCCUGUUACCAGAAAUACACUUUUGAGGCGACAACCAAUCAGAAGGCAGAUUAAUUUUAACCGUACCCCUCAGCGUACUAACCGACGAAUGUUAACCGGAAGUGUAACCGGGGGAAACAUGAGCGUGGAUCCAAGAAUACGAGUCAUCAGCCAGACAACAAGCAAUUAUCCGGAUUUCAAACAAUUAUCCAGGGAAGAAACGAUUAUAUAGGCAACAAACAAAUAUCCAGAAAAGAACAAGAAGCGAGACAACAAACUCUAUAUUAUAUUGUGAUUAUAUCAUAUUUCCAUGGCAUACAUAUUGUUUUAUGAUAUUGUUUAUCUUUAUCAAAAUACAAAGAUUAAAAAGUAUUUUCUAAGAUUAAAAA